AUGGGCAACCAGGUGGAGAAACUGACCCACCUAAGUUACAAGGAAGUUCCCACGGCCGACCCGACUGGCGUGGACCGGGACGACGGGCCCCGCAUCGGUGUCUCCUACAUCUUCUCCAAUGACGACGAGGACGUGGAGCCGCAGCCGCCGCCCCAGGGGCCGGAUGGCGGCUGCGUGCCCGACGGCGGGGAGGGCCAGCCGCUGCCCCAGCCGCAGCCCUACGACCCGCGGCUACACGAGGUGGAGUGCUCCGUGUUCUACCGCGACGAGUGCAUCUACCAGAAGAGCUUCGCACCGGGCUCGUCGGCGCUGAGCACCUACACGCCGGAGAACCUGCUCAACAAGUGCAAGCCUGGCGACCUGGUAGAGUUCGUGUCGCAGGCGCAGUACCCGCACUGGGCUGUGUACGUGGGCAACUUUCAGGUGGUGCAUCUGCACCGGCUGGAGGUGAGCAACAGCUUCCUGACCGACGCGAGCCAGGGCCGUCGCGGCCGCGUGGUCAACGAUCUGUACCGUUACAAGCCGCUGAGCCCCAGCGCCGUGGUGCGCAACGCGCUGGCGCACGUGGGCGCCAAGGAGCGCGAGCUGAGCUGGCGCAACUCCGAGAGCUUCGCCGCCUGGUGCCGCUACGGCAAACGUGAGUUCAAGAUCGGCGGCGAGCUGCGCAUCGGCAAGCAGCCCUACCGGCUACAGAUUCAGCUCUCGGCGCAGCGCAGCCACACGCUUGAGUUCCAAAGCCUGGAGGACCUGAUCAUGGAGAAGCGGCGCAACGACCAGAUCGGGCGCGCGGCUGUGCUGCAGGAGCUGGCCAUGCACCUGCACCCGGCUGAGCCGGACGAGGGCGACAGCAACGUGGCGCGGACUACGCCGCCUCCCGGGCGCCCCCCUGUGCCCGGCACGGAGGAGGAGGACGGAGAGACGGUGGCGCACUAACAGGCGAGCUGAGCGCAGAGCUGCGAAAGGGAGCUGUUUGCAGCAGCCUGUGUCCGCUUCCUCCCUCCGCCUCCACCUUCUGGGUCCCAUCUGGAAUUCCUGGCCCGUUUGGAAAAUGGAGAGGUGUUCAAAUGCACAGCCGGCUGUGGACUGGGGAGGGGGACAGAGGGAGCAGGAAUAAGACUUUAGAACUAUUUUGUACUGUGAAUUACAGAUGCUCUUUGAAGGAAAGAAAUAUCGAUUCUCAUGUUCUUCAGAAGCUCUGGCAGGGAUAAGCAGCACAUCGCCUGGAACGUACGCUAAAUGAAACCAGACAAAUUCUAUUUUCUUACCUGAGCAAAUAUUUUAUUGAGACUGCUUGUGUAUGUUAAAGGAGCCCACAACUUCAGCUACACAACUUUUUGUAUUGAAAGAACUCAUACUUUUUGUAGAUUUUAUUCCACAUUUAAUUUAAAAUGACUUUGUAGCACUAAAAUGCCUAGCAGAAGACCUUACUCCAGACCUUUAAGGAAAUUUUUAGUUUUUAUGAAAAAUGACACUUCAGUGGUUAAACUUCUCAUGUCUUUGGUGCUUCUGGCGCUAAUAGCACCACUGGACAACACCACAACCACGUGGAAACAUAUUUUUGGAAGCAAAAUUUUAAUUUUAUAUGACAUAUGCUAUGGAGAGCUAAGAAAAUUUAAGGACUGCUUGUUUUCUAUUUUUUUUUUCUUAAAAUGGAAUCCACUGUGUUGAAGACUCUUGAUAUUAUGUGCUUGUCUAACCAUUUUUUAUAAAUUAGAAUAAAAUCUAGUGUGAUCAUGUUCAUCAAAUAGAUUUGUUUGAAAGGUUACAUUUUAUUUGUGAUUUUUUCUUUUUAAAUUAGGGUAACUGUAAACUUGACUGCUUUAUUCAACUUUUUAUUUUGUUGUUUUGUUCUUGGCUCUAAUACUUGUGACCCAUGGAGAAUUACAUUGACUAACCAGAUAAAUGCCACACGUUUUAUUUCUCAAUGAGUUGUGUUAACUUUAUUUUUGUUGGAAGUUGUAUGUUAAAUCAAUGUUAUGUUCUUAUACCACUUCUUGAGAAGGAAGUUCUGAUUUGAAAUAGUAUCAUUUCCUUCAAAAUGAAGGGCAGUGCUUAGUUAAAUAAAAUAUUGAUGAUAUCUUUUAAGCCA